AUGGAUGCUCUCGCUCGCGUGAUGCGGUGGGGAACUCCAACUCAUCCUUGCCUCACCAUCGAGUACUUGAAACCCAACAACUUGUAUAUCACACUCGCCUGGCAGGCACAUGUAGCCCUCGCCCGGCAUCACGAGGGCGACAAGCCGCUUACGGCGCAAAAACUGCAAAGCCGCCUUGCAGGGCUGCGGGAUACACAAGCAAAAUUCAUAUGUGCUGAGGUGGAACGAGGCCAACAGCUCGAGUCAAGAUUAUUCGACCCGAACCUCUGCCGCUGCCUUCGCUACGCUAGCAUGGACAAGAAGUGGCGACACCCUCUAGACGAGACGCUGCUAUUGCAGUCGCCCAAGUUGAAAAAUCGACCGUGUCACAGCGAACCGACACGACGCUUGGCUCCUCUGCUGCGAGCUCAGAUGGACGACCCGAGCGGCCACGACAGAAUCAACGCCCACAACAGGCUUCAGAGUGAGCAUAGACAGUUCUGGCGCCAUUGUGCCGCACGGAAAGACGGCAAGAUUGAUCCACUGGGCCAUGCCGAGCAGGCAGUCGUCGUUGCCCCUUGCAUCUCUGGCCGAGACUGGAUCGAGGUCAACUACGAGAUGACCAUGUGUUUGAGACGCGAGCGCGGAGCCCCGUUCAUGCCGCUGAGCUGGUUUUACUAUCUCGACCCCGACUCGCACAGGCUCACGGAGGACGACGAAGGGCUGGGCGUGUACUGGUGCAAGGAGGAGACGUGCCGGAACUACUACCGCUAUGGCCUGUCGAGACUCCACCCGUUCGUCAGGUGGGGUGAUUACAGCCAGCCCUGCCCGGAGGGUGAAUGA